AUGGCGAGUACAUUAGAUGUAUCAAGAGCCGAGCUUGCUCUUGUGGUGAUGUAUUUGAACAAAGCAGAGGCAAGGGAUAAGUUAUGCAGAGCAAUACAGUAUGGUUCCAAGUUCUUGAGUGGUGGACAACCUGGUACUGCUCAAACUGUUGACAAAAACACUAGCUUAGCUAGGAAAGUCUUUCGUCUUUUCAAGUUUGUUAAUGACUUACAUGGUCUCAUCAGUCCUGUGCCUAAAGGGACUCCACUUCCUCUUGUCUUACUUGGAAAGUCGAAGAAUGCGCUUUUGUCUACAUUCUUGUUCCUGGAUCAAAUUGUCUGGCUUGGGAGAUCAGGAAUAUAUAAGAACAAAGAGCGAGCUGAGUUACUUGGACGUAUAUCGCUUUUCUGCUGGAUGGGAUCCUCAGUUUGUACAACUUUAGUCGAGAUUGGUGAGAUUGGAAGGCUCUCUUCAUCGAUGAAGAAGAUCGAAAAGGGGCUUAAGAAUGGUAACAAGUAUCAAGAUGAGGAGUAUAGUGCUAAGCUUAAAAAAUCGAACGAGNGGACACUUUCUCUGAUCAAAUCAGCCAUGGACAUUGUUGUAGCAGCUGGUCUUCUUCAGUUAUCUCCACAAAAGAUCACUCCUCGUGUCACCGGUGCAUUUGGAUUUACCACCUCAAUCAUUUCAUGUUACCAGUUGCUUCCGACACGCCCCAAGAUCAAAACAACUUGA